AAACGUAUUGAAACAGUAGAACGAACGUGCCAUUGAAAUGUCAACGGGUGUUAUUUAAACAAAAUAGCUGACAAACGAAAUUAGACUAAUAAUGUUUUUUUUUUUAAUGAUUUUCAAGAUAGUAAUAUAAAUAUUACAAAUUAUAUCGUACUUUGAUAAAUUGAAUAAUUAAUUAUUUUUAUAUGUGAAACUAAAAAAAAAAACUCAUUUUAAUAUGUAAAAAAAUUUACUACACUAAUAAAUUUUUCAAAAAUUUAAGAGAGUUGUAGUAUUUUCACGCGUUGAAUGAAAUCUACAAAAAAAAAAAUCAGACCAUGUGUGACUUUAACUAGCUUUAGUGUCCACACAAAAUUAAUUUGCUCAGUUUAAUCAUUCCACUGAUUGCGACUUACGCUGUUGUUUGGUCAUACGUUAAGUAUCAGUGUGUAUUUGAUCAAAAAUGGACAGUGAAAAUAAAACGUAUAAGGUGUAUGAAAAUCGUCUCAAUGAAAAUUCAGGAUAUGAUGUUUGUGGAUUUUACUGUUCGACAUCUUAUGACCAGCAGCCUAGAAUUAAACUCUCUAAACACAAAGAGUUUGCCGAUUAUAACACUCGUUUAAAGACUUUUGAAAACUGUCCAAAAAAAUUGGAAUCAAAAAUAUCAACACUUUGUGAUGCUGGAUUUUUAUACAUAGGUAAUGGACAAAAUGAUCAAAUGUUAUGUUACUGUUGCAGUCAAGGUUUGAAAGAUUGGGAUGAGGAAGACGACCCAUGGGUAGAACAUAUACGUUGGUCUCCUAGCUGUACACAUAUAUUGUUAUGUAAGGGUCAGUUAUUUAUCCAAAAUAAUAAAAUAACGAAAUAAGACUACUAUUAUUUGUUAUUUUGAUUUUCAUAUAAAUAAUAAAUCAAUGUUAAUCUUAUAUAUUAUUGUAGUUUGAAAAAAAUAAAUGAACAUUUUUAAUAUUGUA